AUGGUACGCCUUGCUGGCUUCGUUGACUUCAAUCCUGAAGAAGAAAUCCCUUCCCUUGAAGGAAAAGUCGUCUUUGUCACCGGAGGUACCGCCGGUUUGGGCAAACAGUCAAUCCAAGCUCUUGCCAAACAUGAUCCUCAGCACAUAUACUUUACUGGUCGCAGUCGCAAAUCAGCCGAAUCGGUAAUCAACGAAAUAAAAUCAGCAACUCCCGGUGCCUCUAUUACGUUUCUAGAAAUGGACUUUACUUCAUUGGCAUCUGUCAAAGCCGGCGUCAGCAAGUUCAGUCAUGAUAGGCUUGACAUACUCAUUUGCAAUGCCGGCGUCAUGGCAGUGCCAGCAGCAGUCAGCAAGGAUGGUUUCGAGGUUCAUUUCGCCAUCAAUCAUCUCGCACACGCCAUGAUUAUCCGUGAACUACUUCCUGUCUUAGUCCGGACCGCAGAGAUUCCAGGCUCCGACGUGCGUGUGGUAUCCUUAACCUCAGAGGGCUGGAAGGGUCAUCCGAGUGGAGGAGUGCGGUACGAUAAAGUAAGAACCGACACAGGAGGCUUAGUCUCGUGGCUGUUCCGAUAUGGACAGAGUAAAUUUGCCAAUGUUAUUUACGCUGCCGAGAUCGCCCGUCGCUAUCCAAAGAUUACCUCAGUGUCUGUCCAUCCGGGCGUUGUCAAGACAGACCUUGUCAAUAGUCUCGGCUGGGCAAACAAGGCUUUGGUGCAUGUGUCCAAUUACUUUAUGGGAGUCACGCUCCUCGAGCCUGAGCAAGGGCGUUUGAGUCAACUCUGGGUCGCAGCUGGCGCAGAGAAAAGUCAGCUCGUCAAUGGUGGCCUUUACUACCCUGUCGGGGUGUUAAAAGAUCACGAGAAAGACAAAGAUGCUUUGAGUGAGGACGGUGCAAAGAAGCUUUGGGAAUGGACAGCUGAAGUACUCGACAGUGUGAAG